GCACCACUUACUCUCGCGGCGCACGUUAGAAGUUGCCGCGCGGAGUUUGCUGAGUCUUGGGUUUCAUGACGAACUAUCAUUGAUUCGUUCCCUCAGCAGUCAUCGAGUAAUCGAAUCGAUGAGUUCCAAAGAGAGUUGCCGAAGUGAGCUUCGCAUUGCGAUUCGUCAACUUAAUGAUCGUUGUCUCUACUCUGCUUCCAAAUGGGCAGCUGAACAAUUGACUGGCAUUGAACAAGACCCAGCAAAAUUCACCCCUUCAAACACCAGAUUUCAGCGUGGGAGCUCAAGCAUUCAGAGGAGGUAUCGGACUAAUGAGAUCACUGCAACUCCGGUUGCUGGUGUUUCAUAUGUCACCACUCCUGUGAUGGUGGAAGAUGACUUGGUUGAUGGUGACUUUUAUCUUUUGGCCAAGUCUUAUUUUGACUGCCGAGAGUAUAAAAGAGCUGCACAUGUUCUUCGUGAUCAAACUGGAAGGAAAUCUCUUUUCUUGCGCUGUUAUGCUCUAUAUCUGGCUGGAGAAAAACGAAAAGAGGAAGAGAUGAUAGAACUUGAAGGACCUUUAGGUAAGAGUGAUGCCAUAAAUCGAGAAUUGGUUUCUCUGGAGAGGGAGUUGUCAGCACUUCGCAAGAAUGGUACAACUGACCCAUUUGGAUUGUACUUGUAUGGUCUGGUGCUCAAACAGAAGGGCAGUGAGAGUCUUGCUCGUACAGUUCUUGAGGAAUCUGUGAAUAACUACCCUUGGAACUGGAGUGCCUGGUCUGAGCUGCAAUCUUUAUGCACUACAAUUGAUAUCCUAAAUAGUCUUAAUCUCAAUAAUCAUUGGAUGAAGGACUUUUUUCUUGCUAGUGCUUACCAAGAAUUAAGGAUGCACAAUGAAUCUUUGGCAAAAUAUCAAUAUUUACAAGGAACCUUUGGUUAUAGUAAUUAUAUACAGGCUCAAAUUGCAAAAGCCCAGUACAGUUUGAGGGAAUUCGAUCAAGUUGAAGCGAUAUUUGAAGAGCUUCUACGAAAUGAUCCUUACAGAGUGGACGACAUGGAUAUGUAUUCCAAUGUGCUCUAUGCUAAGGAAUCCGCUUCUGCUCUGAGUCACCUUGCCCAUAGAGUAUUUAUGACUGAUAAAUAUAGACCUGAAUCUUGCUGUAUCAUCGGGAACUAUUACAGUUUAAAAGGGAUGCAUGAAAAGUCAGUUAUGUAUUUUAGGAGGGCCCUCAAACUAAACAAAAAUUAUUUAUCUGCCUGGACUCUAAUGGGUCAUGAGUUUGUCGAGAUGAAGAACACUCCAGCAGCUGUGGAUGCAUAUCGUCGUGCUGUAGAUAUAGAUCCAUGUGAUUAUCGUGCUUGGUAUGGACUGGGUCAAGCUUACGAGAUGAUGGGUAUGCCUUUCUAUGCUCUUCACUACUUCCGUAAGUCUGUGUUCUUGCAGCCAAAUGAUUCUCGAUUGUGGAUUGCAAUGGGACAAUGCUAUGAAACUGAACAGCUUCGAAUGCUUGAUGAGGCCGUAAAGUGUUACAGAAGGGCUGCAGAUUGUAAUGACGGGGAAGCAAUUGCUCUGCACCAACUAGCAAAGCUGCACUCUGAGCUAGGGCGUCCUGAUGAGGCAGCUUUUUACUACAAGAAGGAUUUGGAAAGGAUGGAAGAUGAGGAGAGGGAAGGACCUAACAUGGUUGAGGCUUUAAUUUAUCUUGCAACAUACUGCAGAGGCCAAAAAAGAUAUGAAGAAGCAGAGAUUUAUUGUACGCGUCUUCUGGAUUAUACCGGACCGGAGAGAGAAACGGCAAAAAGUUUGCUUAGAGGGAUGGGAAUGGGCUCGACACAAUCCGGUCACCCUGCAAUGGAUAUUGAGCACUUUCCUCCCUAAUUUUCGUAUGUUAAGCAGGAAGGCUAUUCCUGUUUUCGUCUUUGCCGGAAUUGAUCAAACAAGCAUCUUCUCUGAAUGAAUCAUUGAUGAGGUGUGUAUCAAAAAAUCAUUGAUGAGGUUUUUCACCAAGGGAAUCAAUUGAUAGGGUCAUGCGUCUUAUUGCAUAGUGACGCCGAUGAUCAAAGAGGCUCGAUUGCAUCAAUGGCUUCUAAACUACAUUACUUUGGAAGUUUGUUUGACUGGUUAAAAAAAAAAAAAAAGCGAAUUCAUAGUCAUAUUUGCGUGA